UAGGCACUUCCCUCCAGGAGGCCUCUGGAGUGCAGCACCUCCUACUGCCGCCAGAAGCAGCUCUCUCCCACCAUGCGGGCUGUCCCUCUGCACCUGCCCAGGACAGUAAGCCUUGGGUGCCUGCUCCUGCUUUCUCUCCGCCCGGACCCAGGCCAAGCCAAGGAGCUGAAGUUUGUAACGUUGGUGUUUCGGCAUGGAGACCGAAGUCCCAUCGAUACCUUUCCUAACGACCCCAUUAAGGAAUCCUCAUGGCCACAAGGAUUUGGUCAACUCACCCAGAGGGGCAUGGAACAGCAUUAUGAACUUGGAAGUUAUAUAAGGAGAAGAUACGGAAGAUUCUUGAACGAUUCCUAUAAACAUGACCAGGUUUAUAUUCGGAGCACAGAUAUUGACCGGACUUUGAUGAGUGCUAUGACAAACCUUGCGGCCCUGUUUCCCCCAGAGGGGAUCAGCAUCUGGAAUCCCAGCCUGCCCUGGCAGCCCAUCCCAGUGCACACAGUGUCUCUCUCUGAAGAUCGGUUGCUCUACCUGCCUUUCAGGGACUGUCCUCGUUUUCAAGAACUCAAGAGCGAGACUUUACAAUCUGAGGAAUUCCAGAAGAGGCUUCAUCCAUAUAAAAGCUUCAUAGAAACCUUGCCAUCACUGUCAGGAUUCCCUGGCCAGGAUCUCUUUGGAAUUUGGAGUAAGGUUUACGACCCUUUAUAUUGUGAGAGUGUUCACAACUUCACCUUGCCCUCCUGGGCCACCGAGGACACCAUGACGAAGUUGAGAGAGUUAUCAGAAUUAUCUCUGCUCUCGCUGUAUGGAAUUCACAAACAGAAAGAAAAAUCUAGACUCCAGGGAGGUGUCCUGGUCAGCGAAAUCCUCAAGAACAUGAAGACUGCAACUCAGUCACAGAAAUACAGAAAAUUUGUCAUGUAUUCUGCACACGACACUACUGUGAGUGGCCUGCAGAUGGCGCUAGAUGUUUAUAAUGGAAUUCUACCUCCCUAUGCGUCUUGCCACAUAAUGGAAUUGUACCAAGAAAAGGGGGGGCACUUCGUGGAGAUGUACUAUCGGAAUGAGACCCAGCACGAGCCCUACCCGCUCACACUGCCUGGCUGCACCCACAGCUGCCCUCUGGAGAAGUUUGCGGAACUACUGGAUCCCGUGAUCCCCGAGGACUGGUCCACGGAGUGUAUGGGCACAAGCAAUCACCAAGUGUUGCUGUAAAGAAAACCAGAUCCCAGUAUAAUCAGGAAUAAGAGCUAGGUCAAGGUUGUGGGGCUGCCAUGACGCUGUGAUUAGCCCAAGAACUCUUCCUGUUGAAGGGCUCCCAGGUUCUGCUUGAGCAGGAUUGAAUAAGGCUGCACUGAAAAUUUUUGAAGUGAAACAGGUUUCAAACAAAGCCCACAUGUUAGUGCACAAGCAAGAAAAAGAAGACGCUAACCCUAGGCUAAUGGACAAAGGACUAAUUUACCCGACAACGACGUUCACCGGUCACUGCCUUCUCUCAAAGAACGGCAAAAUGAUGAGACAAGAGAGACACCUGGAGAAGCUUUUCAUACCUGGCCUAGCAUGAUCGGAUUUUAUAUGCAUGUUAAAACACAUUGAGUAGCAGAACUAAGAAAAUAAAAACCUCUUUGUGUCCAUUCAUGCUCCUUUCAAAGAAACUAAAAGCCAAGCUUUCCAGAAAGUUCCAUAUAUGGUAUCCAUACAGCAGCUUCUGGAAGGCACUUUGUAGCCAAUUUAAAAAAAAAAAUCUGACAAAAACAAGAAACUCAGAAACAGCACCUCAGAGGUAAGGAUGCUUCACCAAAUCUAAAGCUGAUUCAUAAGAGGAGAUAUGAGGACACAUACACAGACACACACGCAUGCACACACACACACCACUGAAACAAAAUGAGAAUAUUCUAGAUGCCUCCAUGUCCAAAACUUAUUGGAACAUUGCAUAUAGCUGCAAAAUCUGCUCAGAGGACAAAUGGAAUGUAGUAGGUUUUGAUUCUGGUACCUUCCGAACCCCUAAGUGAAGUGGCUGGUCUACUGCCACUGUUCCUGAUGCAAGAAGGUGUUGUCUGGAUGACGCUCUUUAGAGUCUUGAUGGGCCACGCAGCAGAACAGAAUUUAUUUCUAAGGUGGCUGAAGCUAAGAUGAUUGCUGAAGGUGGACCCCACCAGAAGCCAGAGCCUACAUGACGGCCACCCUCUCUCGACCUGGUUAUGGAAUGAAUAACUCAAGACAUGGGUUGACAAGUUGUUUUGAGUUACUUUUCCCCUGUGUAAAUACAUGCUGUUGGGGCCAUGCAGCAUCUAUACUUUGUGAAUGUCUUCUAGCAGUGAGGAGGUGAAAACUGGCGAAUAAAGUCUUUAUUGUUAGGACAUCCAAAGGAAGCACUUUUAUA